CUCAGUGGAGCUGCGUACAGUGGACUGAGCACACAGCAAUGCGGACUAAGAAGGGCACAAACGAGGGGAAUAGUCCUAUUUUCUGUGAGAACCCGGUGUAUUGGGGCUUUGCUUGGCCUCAAAGAAUAAUUGAACAGGGGUUUUGUCGCUAAUACUCCUCAGAAAAGGACAUUAACAGGAUUGUAUGCAGCUCCGGGCCGGAUAUUGUCCGGACAAAAUCCCUACUCACAGUUCGGAUUCACAACCCUAGUUGUCGUAUGGAAUCGUCGGCUUAGAGAAUGAGUGUUUGAAUAUUUUUAUACUUUUUGUAGCCUUUUGUGCCAGCAUCCCUUCUAUUUUUAACAGACUCGCUAUGGGGGACUCCCCUACCAUGAGGAAGACUUUUGUAGUUCCAGACAUAAAGCCAUUGGAUUUGUAUGACUGUACUAAAGCAAAAAUAUGCGCAAGUGUCGGAUGGCUACUGGCGAAGUCCUACGGGAGUGCAGAGAAUGUACCUGCAGAGCUGCGUGACCCCUUCUACUGUGACCAGUAUGAGCAGGAGCACCUUAAACCACCAGUCACACGCCUCCUGCAGUCCUCAGAGCUCUACUGCCGCACCUACAGCCUAAUACAGGGUGGCACUGGAGUUGAGACACAGCCCAAAGACAAUGCUGCCCUGGUGCAGCUCCUCACUCAGAGAGGCCUUCUCUCCAAAGAACAGGAUACACCAGUGACUGACGCAGAUCUUCAGCAUAAACCCAUCAAAAUGAGUGCUCACCUGGCAGUGAUAGAUGCCCUGAUGGCUGUGGGAGCCAUGGAGACGGUGACCACGGUGAAGUCAUGUAGUUCUGCAAAGCUACUGGGUGGAGCAUCCAGCUGGGAGGAUGCUUUGCUUCACUGGGUUAACGAGUUAAACCAGAAGUUGAGUGAAAGUAAUGAAGCAGCCCAGAAUGACACAUCUCAGGCCAUUACAGAGCCCCAACCGGUUCAACCCUCGUGUCCUACUCGCUGGUACUGGAAACUUGUUCCUCUUCGCUACAGGAAGGAUAAAAUUCAGUCCAAACAAAAGCCAAUUUUUCCGGUGGUGAAUGAAGUCAAAGACCUGUCCAGUGGUUGUGCUGUUGCUGCAGUCAUACACUACUAUUGCCCUGGCCUGCUUAGACUUGAAGAUGUUUGUAUGAAGGACUCCAUGUCUGUAGCAGACAGCUUGUACAACCUGCAGUUCAUCAAGGAAUUCUGUGACAGCUGUCUAAGAAGCUGCUGUCACUUAGCACUAGAGGACAUGCUGUAUGCUCCACCAGAACUUCAGCUGAACUUGCUGAGUUUCCUAGCCGAGCUGCUCAGCUGGUUUGAAGUUCAAAAGCCAGAAUUUGUUCAGCCGAUAGACACAUUAUCUGGAUCCACAUCAGUAACACCAAGUAGCUUGAGUGGCAACAGUACCUCUCCUUCUAUCUUCAAGAAGCCUUUCCUCCCCAUCUCCUCUCCUGCAUCAGGAUCUUUGACUCAGUCUACCUCAAUGUCUCAUAUAGAAGGAGUUGGAAAAACAUGGAGCAAGAGACCUCUCAGCCGCCCCUUGUCAGCAGUGUCCUUCAGCAUUCCUUUUGGCCUGGAUAGUGAUGUGGAUAUUGUAAUGGGCAACCCUGUAAUAACCCGCUCUGUGAGCUCAGACCAACUCAACCCAGCAGGCCAAAAUAUGACCCGGGUACCCUUUACCCCCCCUGAAGACCUGAGCCAUUUGCUGAGCAAACCCCCUGGCCCUAAUGGUCCACAGAGAGCUUCCUGGGCUACCCAAACACCAAGUAUUCCACGCUUGGCAGAAGAGAAUGGCCUUGUAGCAAGUGAAACAGGAGAACUGCCCACCAUAGAAGAGGCUCUUCAAAUCAUCCACAAUGAGAGCAAGAUGGAGCCUCGCCUACACCCUGAUGGUGCUCCUGAUGGCUUCUACCUCCACUCUCCUGAUGACCCUGCUAGUUCAAGGCAUAAAAACAACUUGGCGCCAAUCAGCUGCUCUGCCCCUACACGCUCAGGAAUGAUGUACAGGCCCGCAGGAGAGUCCAGGGAGCCCACUCGUACCAGAAAUGCCUCUGAAUGUUCACGGGAUGAUGACUCAGUCCUGAGAGAUGGAAGUGUAGACUCUGAUGCAUCAGAAGACCUUCCCAAGGCCCAGUCCACUCCAUCCACACCGGCUGCUGGUUCACAGUCCUCCAGCGGCCAAGGCAAAGAGACAUCUGACAGUGGAGUGAAGAUGACCAGCUUUGCAGAACGCAAGAAGAAACAGAUCAUAGAUUCACCCAAAGCCAGUGACCCCUCUACCCCUCAGAUGACUACAUGGGCACAAAAGUCUGAAGAAAGCCCAAACAAGAGCCCACAACUUAAUAAUGAAAUGUCUGAGCUUGGGGUUAGGCUUGAGGAAAAGCGUAAGGCUAUUGAAGCCCAGAAGAAACGCAUUGAGGCAAUUUUUGCAAAACACAGGCAAAGACUUGGAAAGAGUGCCUUUCUUCAGUUAAAAAAAGAGCAGCAAGAAGAUGAGGGCAAGGAGGACGGAGGGAAUGGCCAGACCAGCACCUCAUCCACGGAAGAAGACUUGUCUCGUUUGACACUAGAGGAGAGGUUAGCUCGAAUGGAGGAAGAAGAGCAACAAGAGCAAGAUGAACAGCGCCCUUCAGUGGAGGAUGAGGGCAAUAUCAAAGGAGGGCCUAUUAUGAAGAAACCUGUCAGUCACUCCAAAGAAAAGGCAGGAACACCAGGAGACAAGGGCCCUGGGACACCAGGGGAGAAAAUGGUAGCUCCAUUAGGGGACUAUAAUAAUGCUGUAUCCAAACUGACUGCAGCUCUUAGCUCCUUGCAGAAUGAUAUGCAGCGACUAACUGAACAGCAAAACCAGUUAAUGAAGAAAAAAGCUACAGCUUCCAGCAACAAAUCAUGGGUCAUUCCAGCCAGCCCUAAAACCUCCAUGCCAGCCCCUCCCCAUGCACGCAUAUCAAGGGAAUCCACCCGAGAUUUAAAUUCAACUUCCUCUUCUCCAUCUCCAUCCCGCAAAAUUACAGACCACACCACUCCUCCUAAAUCUCCUCGAGUCCAGCGUAGAGCCCAAUCUGUGCCCCCCAAAAGCCCCAAACACCACCAACACAGUCGACCUUUGGAUUUAAAGACUCCAACCCUGACAAGGGUUCUCAAUCCACCACAAAAUGUUGACCGCAUUCCGCACCUUCGUCGCAUAAAUCCAUGGCAAUCCCAAGUUCAGACCUCAUCGUCGUUCUCCAUCGGUGACUCUGAAAGCCUGGAUGACCUGCGUUCAACUGGGCCAUCUCCUUUGACGACGCCUACACUUACCCCUGUACCAACGCCUAUCCCAACUCUGCGUCCUGCAGCCGAUGACGCAUUGUCAGAGGUGGGCUCCAUUGAUGAUCACAGCAUAUUUAGCAUGGACUUAGAGACAGGGCCUUCACACAGUCCUGCAGCUAGGAAGGAAGAGAUUUCAGGUGGAGGCAGCAGUUCUGGUGCAGCAUCAGAGUGCUCCUUUGAGAGUGAUGCCCCUGCAGGGCUGCUAAAUGGCAAACGCAGUAGCCUGAUAGAGAUCUCACUGUCUGCUCUGCGGGGUGACGGGGAAGAGGAUGACCAAGUACCUGAUGUGUUCUCUGACGCAAUGAGUGACCGGACAGAGCAGGACUUGAGAGGAGGAGUUGGUUUCUUUUUCAAGGAUGACAAGGAGCGCCCAGAAGAUGAGAUGGCCCAGCGAAGAGCAGCUUUGCUGGAGAAACAACAAAAGAGAGCAGAGGAGAUGAAAAGGCGAAAACUUGAGCAGGAAAAAGAAAAAGAAUCUAACAAGCCUCAGUGGAUGAUUAUCGAAGGCUGGGGGAAUAAAGGUGAGGAGAGACCCCAGACUCCAGGUACGCCUCCACCUUCACGCACUCCUCCGCCAGAGGGAACUCCUCAGCGCAGAGGAGACUUCACAAGACAGGAGUAUGAGAGGAGGCAGCAGCUAAAGAUCAUGGAAGACUUGGACAAGGUGUUGAGACAGAAACCCACCACAGUUCGUGGUGUCAAGAAGCAGAGACCUAAGACAGUGUUCAGGGAUGACUCUGUCCUCUCUCAUAGCCCUGCUAAAGGAUUCAUGGGAACAAGGCUGAACAAGGUUUACUCCCACUCAACCAUGAACCUGUCAUCCAUGACCAAUGACUCAGGAGGUCUUACCGUCAGGAAGUCUCCCAGCCGUUCACAUUCUCCUUCCCGGUUAAGGUCACCAGGACGAAUGAGUGCUCAGAAUGGGGAGAAAGACUGGGAGAAUGGCUCCACUAUUUCCUCCCCUGCUUCAAUCCCCGAAUACACAGGGCCAAAGCUCUACAAGGAGCCUAGCUUUAAGUCAAACAAAUUCAUCAUCCAUAAUGCGAUCACUCGCUGCUGCCUGGCCGGCAAGGUUAAUGAACCACAGAAAAACAAGAUUGUAGAGGAAAUGGAGAAAAGCACUGCCAACCACUUCCUUAUCCUAUUCAGAGAUGCAAGCUGCCAGUUCAGAGCAGUUUACACCAUGAACCCUGAAACAGAGGAGAUGGUACGGCUCACUGGGAUUGGCCCCAGGAUCAUCUCACCUGAAAUGGUUGAAUCCAUUUACAAGUACAGCUCUGAUCGCAAGCAGUUCACUGUCAUCCCGUCCAAAACCAUGUCCAUGAGUGUGGACGCCUUUACUAUCCCUGGUCAUUUUUGGCAAAAGCGCCCAGGAACUCCCAAGAAGCUUGGUACCCCAAAAUAAAGUCAUCCCCAGGAUGUGGUAGGGAUAUUACCAUUCAGGGAACUCUCUCCUCUGCUACUUUGGCCAGUGAGGCAUUUGAGAUUGUUUCUUACUCGGUUAGACUAGAACGCAUGACCACUUAGACUUUUGGCCAGCUUUCAACUUUGGACUACAAGAGUGAUCUGGUCAUCUCACCAUGCCAAGAGAAAAGACAAGUCAAUAACUCAUUCAGCCAGUCUAUUACCUUAUUUUGUCUCAUAAGAGCUACUGUUUGGCUCUGCCUGGUCCACCCAGAUUGUAAUAUGUAAUACAACAGAUUGUGUUGUGAUGAAGAAUUCUCUUUACCUAGCACCCUGCCUCUUCUUGUCUUGCCUUACCCUGCCCUCUGAGUCAUUUUUGACUCUUUAGUUGAAAGUAAGAGGGGACAAUCUUACUGCCCUUGCCCACACACCACUUUUUUUGGCCAGAGCAGUUCUUGACCCUCUAAAUUCUGCUUGCUUUUCCUUUUGCUGCCUUUUUUCUACUUCCAGGGCUAAACUCUCUCCACAAUCUACUGAGUUGAAUAGCUCACCUCUCAGUCCUGAUGGGAGAUCUUGGCUGAAGGUUAAUGGCAGGUAAUGCUGCACUCAUAUGAAUGUAAGGCACACUAACCACUCAUUCCAUUCAGGUUUAUUUCUAUAAAAUCCCCAGUGGUAGUUUCUCUGCGGGCUGCUCUGAGGGAGGCUUCUGUGGUGGUCAGUGGACCUGCACACCAAGAAACUGCUCAUGCACCCUUAGUUUGUAAAUUCCACUCCAUUCCAACUCCUUCAGCUGUAGACAUCUGGAUGUUUUUUAUACUUUUUUUGAAAUGUUUUUUGCUGGACAAAUCACUUCAGCACUUGAGAGCUGAAAAAAAGAAUGAAAUUCAUGUGACUUUUUCCUCCUCACCUGCUUUCUCAUUUUGAACGUGAUAAAUUAAAACAGUACCUAAGCUUAUCUUGAAAAUAAUACUGGAAACAUGAAGGAGGGCUUUAUCCUAUUUAUCAUGACGUGGAUACAGCUCUUUGUGAAAUUUAUGAUCAAUGCUGAUUUAAGAUAUAUGCUGAAUGCUGAUUACUUUGAUUUUUUUUUUCAAUUAUUUGUAAAAAAGUAAGAUGAACUUUGUUAGCUACUAAUAAGCUAGCCUGCUGCUUAAGCAUUAGUGAGAUGGAUGUUUGAAAUGAGAACGAGUGAAUGAAAAUGAAAAUUCUUGAACAGGUGAAAAUUGCUGAAACCUCUGCCUGGGAUUAAUAAAUCCUCUGGGUCACAAAAAUCUGUUUCCUAUUAUGUUAUUUCCUGUUUGUGUGCUGGCAUUUACACAGUAAGUUUACUGAAGGAUCAUUUGACUGCCCUCAUCUUUGCCACAGUCUCUCGUGACUUCUUUGCGGAUGAAUGUAGAAUGCCAUGCUCUUUUUGCAAGUGUGUCCCUGGAUUUUGAAACACUUGACCCUGCAAAUGCUUGUGAUCAGGUCAAUACCACCACAUAAUCAGUGGGAAUUUGACCUCUAUCCCUACCUUUGCAGUCUUUAGCACUAUAGCAGCUGCCAUGGUUCAGCUGUGUUCUUUCAAAUCACAGACUGCCUCUGACAAAUGUGUUGUUUGAUUGAGAUUCAAUUACAGAUGUAAAAAAAAACGUAGCAGCAUUUAGGAAAACUGGUUGGAUUAUUGAUUAAAAGUAUGAGUGGAGGAGUGCAUAUGGAAUUACUGGAUAUUUGUAUUUAUGUGUUUGUAAAGAGUAGUAUGAGGUAGUAAGACACUAUAUUUUGAUUCUGUGCAAUUCUCCCUUGGAAUUUUCCACUACCCAGAGGUGUAUUUAUUUGGUUUGAGUUAGAUGGUGCAUUUGAUGUUUAGUUACAGGUCCUCCUUCUGUCUUUUUUGGUUGAGGUUGUAAAUCAUUCAUUCAUUUCAUAGAAGUUGUCAUAACAUUUAUGUUGUUUUCUUUCUCUUAUGUUGUCAAAUCUGUGCCAGCACGUUGUGUAUGUUCAUUUCAUAAACGUUGACUACCGUUGGUAUCUGGACCAGACAAAUAAAAACCCUUUUAAAUCAUCA